AUGGUCAACCCAAAGUCAGAGGCCAAACCUGUAGCCACAGCUAACGAGGAUGACAAGAAGGAGGAAGAGGGUGCCGAGGGCGAGGAAGAGGAGGGCGACGAAGACGAACCUCCCCGCAAGCGGGUGAGAAGGGAUCGGGCCAUCUUGGCCGACUCAGACGAUGACGACGACGACGACGACGACAAGCCUCUGGUCAAGGGCUCCUCUGACUCCAAAGCCGUAAAGGCGGCGGACGAGGAGGAGAUUCCUGACUCCUGGACUCGCCGGGUCGCUACUCAGACCAGGUCAGGUCGCGCCACCAAGAGGCCGAUCAGGUAUACCCGUUGA